GAAGCUUUGGUGCUUGGCGACUAGGGCGACUCUCGGGUUUGCGGAAGGCCAGGCGUCCUGGAGCGGCUUGGCGAGGCGUCCGAGCCGGCCCUCAGCCUCCGCGCUCUCGGUCUAGGGGUCGCUGCGGCUGGACUCGGUCAGCGCCACGCUUGACGCGGAGGAUUCCGGGAAGCCCUCCCGGCUUGGCGCUCCGGGACUAUCUCCUACCUCCUCGGAGUUCUAGCCGUCCUCCGAGCCUUGCCCCGGCCUCACCGCCUAGGAAGCCAAGCAACACUGAAGACACCUGCUGACUCUCCACAGGUUGCCUGUCCAUUUCUUGGCCCCCAGCAGCACUGGAUUUCUUCCCCUUCCUCUAAGAGAAAGGCCAUGUCGCCUCCUGGAAAAGCUCCCCGGAAAGAGAACCUGGGGCUGCAGUGUGAGUGGGGGUCCUGCUCCUUUGUGUGUUCAGCCAUGGAGGAGUUCUUCGAGCAUGUCACUCAGCACCUGCAGCAGCACGUGCGUGGCGCUGAGGAAGAGGAGGACCCACUGGAGGAAGAAUUCUCCUGUUUGUGGCAGGAGUGUGGCUUUUGCCCUCUGGACAGUUCUGUUGACCUCAUCCGCCAUGUCUACUUCCACUGCUACCACACUAAGCUGAAACAGUGGGGGCUGCAAGCCUUGCAAAGCCAAGCUGAUCUCAGUCCCUGCAUCCUGGACUUCCAGAGCCGGAACGUCAUUCCUGACAUCCCUGACCAUUUCCUGUGUCUAUGGGAACAUUGCGAGAGUACCUUCGACAAUCCUGAGUGGUUCUAUCGGCACGUGGAUGCGCAUAGCCUGUGCUGUGAAUACCAAGCAGUCAGCAAGGACAACCAUGUGGUGCUGUGUGGCUGGAAAGGCUGUACCUGUACUUUCAAGGACCGGUGUAAGCUUCGAGAACACCUCCGCAGCCACACCCAGGAGAAGGUAGUGGCCUGUCCCACUUGUGGGGGCAUGUUUGCCAACAACACCAAGUUCUUAGAUCACAUCCGUCGCCAGACCGCACUGGAUCAGCAGCGUUUCCAGUGCUCUCACUGUUCUAAGAGGUUUGCCACGGAGAGGCUGUUGCGUGACCACAUGCGGAAUCAUGUGAAUCACUAUAAAUGCCCUUUGUGUGACAUGACCUGCCCACUGCCUUCCUCCCUGCGGAAUCACAUUCGCUUUCGACACAGUGAUGACCGGCCCUUUAAAUGUGACUGUUGUGAUUACAGUUGCAAGAAUCUGAUUGACCUCCGGAAGCACCUGGACACCCACAGCAAGGAGUCCGCCUACAGGUGUGACUUUGAGAACUGCAGCUUCAGUGCCCGGUCUCUCAGCUCUAUCAAGUCCCAUCACCGCAAAGUGCAUGAGGGAGACUCAGAGCCAAGGUACAAAUGUCAUGUCUGUGAUAAAUGCUUCACACGUGGCAACAACCUCACGGUGCACCUUCGCAAGAAGCACCAGUUCAAGUGGCCAUCAGGACACCCUCGUUUUCGGUACAAGGAGCACGAAGAUGGCUACAUGCGGCUGCAGCUGGUUCGCUAUGAGAGUGUGGAGCUGACUCAGCAGCUGCUGCAGCAGCUACACGAAGGAUCAGAUCCAGGAGUGGCACUGAAUGAAAGCAGCCUGCAGGGCAUUGUUCUAGAAACAGUGCUGGGGGGGCCAGGACCUAAGGAGGAGGUGAAAGAGGAAGAGGGAACAGCCAUCUCGGCUUCUCAGGACAACCCCAGUUCUGCCAUCCAUAUGGUCAACCAGUCAGUCAGCCAAGGCCAGCGAGAAAUGGUCUACUGUGUGCUAUCUGAAGCCCCAGGAGAGCCCCCGCCAGUCUCUGGACUAUCCUCGAGGGAGAUGGAGAAGCUUCAAGGAAUGCCCAAGAAGCCAGGGGUCCAGAUGGUAUGAGGCUGCAGAGCCUGACCACACCUCCAGAUCUUGGAGUUUGAGCCAGGCAGGUAGCUGCGCCCCUGGUUGGCAGACUUUGUUUUUGGAUGCCUUUAGAAGUGGUGCUGAGAACUGUAUGUUCCUCUGUACUCAGGUGGUAUCAGUCUAUAGACUCUGAGUACCCCUCCCCCAUGCUGUUCUUUGUGGGGAACCUGAGAAGUUGGAUUCGUUGAAGAAAUCCUACAUGUAUGUUCUCAUUAGAGGAGCUGUUAUCAGGUUUAAGUAUACUCCCUUGGCAUGCUAGACACAGUAAAUGUUUAGUCUACAUCCAUUCCUGUUUUUAGGGGUCCAUUGAACUCACUAUAAGUUAAGUAUUAAGAACCAGGUGCCAUUUCUCUCAAGGUUUCCUUUUACAUUCCAGGACACUUGUGGUUAUCUUCAGGGAUAGGAUUGGGACACUGUAUGUAUGACAGUUGUUUUUCGGUAAUAAAAACCACUUGGGCUGUUGCUUAUUUCUCAGGUUUUGUGGCAGUUAACUAAGUAACAAAGAGAUACGACUGUCUAGAAGUGGAGCCGAAUCAUUAGGCUCACCCUUCCGUGACCAGGGUGGUCUCUCAGUGUCACGUACCCAUUUGCUGGAGUUUGUCCAUUGCUUCCUGAGCAUCUACCAGCUUUGUGGAAGGAGGGCCCAAGUACUUGUCCAUGAAUGACUAUGAGCAGUGUUACAGAAUGGAUAUGAAUGGCACCAGGACUGCACCAUCAACUCUAAUUAGAACCCUGUGCCUCUAGGGAGGGUUGGUUCUGGGACUGCAAAGGAAUCUGAAGUAGAGGUGGGUUGGGUGGUCACCCAGAGAAUGCCAAGUACUCAAAGGGCAGGAGUCAAGCUAGAAAAUUGUGUCUACAUUUUCUUAGAAAGUGGAUCUAUUUUCAUUGAAUUAAAAAAAAUUCUUAUACUAUA